UGCAAAGCGGUUAAACAUAAUUGUGGUCAAGAUAAUUAUUAUAAUUUAGUUUACUUCAAUAAGCCGCAAACGCGUUUUGUGCCUUGAUGGUGAAGGUUUGUGGAUUUUAAAUAGAUACGACAUGGCAUGCAGAGGAAACAUGACGAAUUUCGAUUUCUGAGGAUGACCAAAACAAGCUUUAGAUUUGGUACGAAGAAGGAUGGCAGAAGGAUUUAAAGACUUCACCAUUCAGAACAAGGACAACUUUAAAAUUGCUGUGACGGGUAACAGUGGCAGUGGAAAAUCCAGUUUUAUUAAUGCAUUUUGCGGACUUACUAAAAAGGACGAAAGGGCACCUGUUGGUGUUACAGAAACAACCAAGGCAAUAAGAUCGUACACAUGUACUGGGAAUGACAAGUUUGUCUUGUUCGAUCUCCCAGGAGUUGGAACAGCAAAAUUUCCAAAAGAGUCCUAUCUUGAAGACAUAGAGUUUGAAAAGUUUCACUUUUUUAUCAUAAUAUCAUCGUCCCGGUUUACAGCGGACGAUGUAUGGAUUGGCGAAAUGGCUAAAAAACACAGAAAGAAGUGUUUCUACGUCAGAACAAAACUUGACAUAGAUAUCAUAAAUGAUAGGUACAAUCAAGGUGAUGAUUUCAAUGAAGCUGCAACCAUUGAGAACGUACGACAAGAAGCCCGAAAAUGUCUCAGUGAAGCAAAUGUCGAUGCUCCAAUAUAUCUGAUCACAACUAGGAGGAGACAUAGCUUUGAUUUUACAAGCUUAGUAUAUGAUGUGAACGGAUCAGCAGAGGAAAAUGCCAUGCAGGACAUUUUACAAAGUUUUACGGAUAUUUGUUCUGAAAACACCACAGAUGCAUAUGAUGCUAUAUCUGAGAAGGACCAAUCCCUUAUUGUGACCGUGUACAAAGAAAAGGGUGCAACCGGCUUGAAAGACGUCAUCAUGCAGAACAAGGACAAAUGGAAAUCACAACCAUUGAAAAUUGCUGUGACGGGUAACUCUGGCAGUGGAAAAUCCAGUUUUAUCAAUGCAUUUUGCGGACUUUCUGCAAAGGGCAAAAGGGCACCGGUUGGUGUGAACGAAACAACCAAGGGAAUAAGAUCGUACACCUGUACUGGGAAUGACAAGUUUAUCUUGUUCGACCUCCCAGGAGUUGGAACUACAAAAUUUCCAAAAGAGUCCUAUCUUGAAGACAUAGAGUUUAAAAAGUUUCACUUUUUUAUCAUAAUAUCAUCGUCCCGGUUUACAGAGAACGAUGCAUGGCUUGGCACAACCAUUAGAAAGCACAGAAAGCAAUGUUUCUUCGUAAGAACAAAAAUUGAUAUAGAUAUCAGCAACGAGUCGUACGAUAAAGAUGACGAUUUCAAUGAAGCUGAAACUAUUGAGCAAAUACGAAAAGACGCCCGAAAAUGUCUUAACGAAGCCAAUGUUGAUAUUCCCGUAUAUCUGAUCUCGACGAGGCUGAAAAAGGAAAAACGUUUGAGUUUUCGAGCUUAAAAAAUGCAGUGAACGAAUCAGCGAUGGAAUUGAAAAGAACUGCACUGCUUGUCCGUUUUCAAUCUCUUGCGGAAAGCGUUAUUGAUGAGAAAAUCGAACUGCUUAAAAAAGGUGUCGGGAGGGUGGCAAUGGCUUCGGCUAUUGCUGGAGCAGUACCCUUACCAGGUGUUAGCAUUGGCGUUGAUGCAGCUGUUAUACUAAGCAGAGUAAACCUUUAUAGAAGAAAAUUAUUCCUUGAUGAAAAUUCCCUCCAGAGUGUACAUGAUACCUACUCAAUCAAUAUAGAUGAACUGGAACUGGCCUGUCGGAAAAUUCAAGUUACAGAAAACGGUAUACCUGCAGCUGUAACUGUCAACGCACUAGGGUUUUUAGGUAAAUUAGUUCUGCCUGUUUUGGGGUCAAUGGCUGCUAGUUCGAUUUGCCACGAUGAAAUGGAAACAAAAUUGUGUGAGAUUCUGCACGAUUUUAAAAAAGAUGCACUAAAAAUCAUCAGAGAGAUUACCGAACGAAUGAUAUAGGCGGGUAAUGAUACAGCAUUUCUGUGUUUUCCAAGUUGAUCGGCUGGACAGUGAUAUUUGAUAUACAGCCGCGACAAGAUAAACGGGAAACUUGAACCAAUAAGAAAACAAUGGAAAUGAAUCUACACUUACUACAGUAUAGUUUUAUUCAACAUGCUGAUUUUACUUUAAAAAUCACAUCACUCGGAUAUGCAAAGAGUACACUGGACACUUUUGAAUUAUUCUUAUUUUACACUUAUUUCGUACAUUCGUGGAACUGUUCGUUUGGGAGAAGAGAGAAAAUAUCAAACAUCACAUGAACAAUAAGUGUCAUUUGGGAAGGACUUUAAGGCGCCAUUUAUAUAUUUCCAAUAUAGCACCAUAUUGGUAAAUGUGUUAUCUGAUUGUAGGUAAUAUGAUUGAACGGCAUAUAGAUAAGAAUCAUUUGUAAGACAUUGACUUUAUUUUUUUGUACUAACGGUAAUAGUGUUUUUGACUUCUUUGUUGUGUGAUGCGAUUUUUUCCCCUUAAAUAACAAUUUUAAUGUUUUAGUACAAAUUCUGAUCACCUUUGUGAGUAUCUCAUGUAUGUUUCAAAGUUGAUAUGCAAGACGUUUGAAAUAAUAACAACAAUGCUCAGUUUGUGAUAUUUGCAAGCAACAAAUAAAGAAAUGAUAUGUAUAUGACUAGUAUCUCAUCUUGCUGUAAUACUUGUUGAUGUCAUGAUUAUAUUAAGUUGAGAGUAUCACUUAGAUUGUAAUUUUGUUUCUUUUUCUAGCUUGUCUUUAAGAUGAAUUGGCAUUUGCUGCUAGUGUUAAAAGUGAAAAUAAUGGUGACUCUAAAUGAAAUCGAAAUUACAAUUAAGGUUGGCCCUUUAAUAAAUGGUAAAUCACAAUGCGUGAAUUUAGAUUUGCAAAUUGAAAUUAACUAAUGUACGGAUUAUCGUCGUACAACUCGUACAACUAACAGGCAAGAAAAAGUUGCUGUUAAAUGAGCUUGAAUUUGAUUAUUCAUCUACGAGUAAAAAUGUAACAAAAUAACAAAUAAGAAGCUGUUUUUACAUGAGUAUAUGACAGUUUUGUACAACAAUGAUACACAAGUGUUAGAAAUUCAUGAUCAGGCGACAAAAAACUAUCAUCAACAUGUUAUAGAAUGUUAUUUUAUGAUUUGUACAUUGCAUUUUUGUCAUUAUCGUUUCAUUUGUACAUUAUUAGAUUGUUCUUGUGUUAUUGUGAUGUCAUAUGAUAAACCUUUUCCGGUUGAUGUCAUUGCCGGGGGUAUCAACGCAGUUGUUCUUGUUAAAGUGCGGGUGAAGUCCUUUGAAAACCACAAACUUUAACCAGCUCAGCUGCAUGCAUACACCGAAAAUGACAUCAACUAUGCAAUCCAUACCUUGAAAAAUGCCACAUAUACUUGUGAUUCAUACUUUUCACAUUUUAACCAAAUCCUUCGAAAUUUAUUUUUUUAAAAAUCUCGUUUUGUAUUUAUGUAUAAAUACUGAAUAUAUGUUGGCAUUGAAUGUUAUCUGUUUUGCUCUUUGUGUUUUUGCAGUGAUCUUAAUAAAUAUUCUAAAAA